UCUAGUAACGUUGGCGUUACUACUUGAAGUAAAACAUGAAUAUCUUCAUUUUAAUUGCUAAGAUUUUCUGGACUAUCCUAGAGGCCUUCGUGUUGAACUUUGUCCCGGUGAAGAGGAAGAGUGUGCGGGGAGAGGUGGUGUUGGUGACCGGGGCGGCUCACGGGGUCGGGCGGUGCCUGGCUCUGGAGUUCGGCCGGCUGGGCGCCACCGUGGUGCUGUGGGACAUCAAUCGGGACGGGAAUGAAACUACUGCCGAACAGAUCCGCGAGGAAGGCGGCACGGCACGAGCCUACCAGUGCGACUGUAGCAAAAGGGAGGAGAUACAGCGGGUGGCCCAACAGGUGAAAGAAGAGGUAGGUGAUGUGACCAUUCUAUUCAACAAUGCUGGUGUGAUGACUACAGGCUCUGUACUGGACCUAACAGAUGACCAGAUUGAGAGGACCUUCCAAGUCAAUGUCCUUGCACAUUUUUGGACCAUACGUGCCUUCCUGCCAGGUAUGAUGACCAGGAACCAGGGGCACAUUGCUGCAUUGGCCUCUAUAGCAGGCUACAAUGGAAGUCCAUAUAUGGUUGACUACAGCUCAUCAAAGCAUGCUGUGGUGGGACUGAUGGACACCUUGCUGAAAGAGCUGGAACUGCAGGGGAAGGAUGGAAUUAAAACAACCACCGUCUGUCCCUUCUUCAUUGACACAGGAUUUUGUCCCAACCCAAAACUUGGAAGUACUACAGGUGGGUUGCGUAUUCUUUCACCUGAAGAAGUUGCCUUGGAAGCAGUUGAUGCCGUUCUCAAGAACAAAAGACGUAUCAUUUUGCCACCAGAGUUGCGAUCUGUUCCUCUCAAUAUCCAACUGCUGCCUUACAAGACACAGACAUUGAUGCAGAACUCAGUCAACAUUAGCUUUGACUUGAUGCAGUCAGGAGCACACAACAAGACUGACUAACAUCAUUGCCCCAGUCCAGAACUGCCACAUCUUUGUUAAAAUAAUUGUAUUCUAAACAAGUUUAUAAUGAUUCAUGAGAAAGAGGUUGGUAUGAAUGGAAUGCUAACUUUCUCUCCAUUGCCUUAGCCUGAUCAUAAUCAGUAACAUGUACAGUUGAGUAUAUAUUUUGUACCAAAAGCCAACCAUAGCAUGUAGAAGGCUAUAACUGAGGCAAACAUGUAAUUUACUUUUACAUACUGAUUAUCCCAUAUUUAAGGAUUUUCAUGUAAUUUUCAAUGCUGUGUAUAGGAUAACUUCUAACAUUCGUGUAAUACAAAAAUGUACUGAAAUCAUAAGGACUUUCUUUCAAUAUAGAGGACAAGGUCAAUGUAGUGUACAUAUCAAUUAUACAGUCAGACUGUAAGUUGAGUGGUAGAAACAAAAGGCAUAUUGCAAUGUAAAGCUUGAAAUUCACUACUGGCAGUCUUUGAAUGUUGUCAAUACUACGUCAAUUUAAAGAAAUCAGGUGUGGGAAGGUAGACAAUGCUGCCUAAGAUUUGAUAAUUAUGCAUGUACUUAAAAAUCUUUUUCAGGCUAUACUGACAUGAUUAUUAUGGACACACACGGAACAAUUUUGUUGUAUAGAAAUAAGUUUGCGCAGAUGCAGUAAAAUGUACAAAGAAGCUCCUAAAUGAGCAAAUAGAUACUGUAAUUGCAAAAAUAUAUAGGAAAACAGAUACUGAUGUCACAAUGCCUCUUUUCCAGUGUAAAUUGUAUUGACUCCGUCAUAAUCAUGCUCCCUGCAAUGUAAUUUGAGCCCUUGAAGUGAAGCAUCUUCCAAGAAAAUGUGAUGGAAAUUCAAAGGACAAAAAUAAAGAAUCUAUUGUAAGGUA